GAUCGAUAACAUCGUCUGCAAUUCAAUGUUUGUUUCGCGGAAACAACGAGGUCGCAACAAGGAAGAAGGAGGCCCGAGCUUCUGUCACCACCCUGAUUCCUUUUUUUUCCCCCCCCCUCUUCAGCACUGGCUUCUCAUUAGACCGUGCCUCGAGGUAUGACCCCUGCUGGAAAAUAACCUAGUUACGGAGUACAAUAGUGAUGUUUCCCUGUACGGGGUGCAACCCUUGCGGACGUGCGACAUUGAGCAUCUUUCUGCAAAGUCCAGGCCAGAACACAGAGAUACAAAUCAUUUCCUAGGGGCCUUUGCUUCAGGGGAUUGUUUUAUUAAACAUUUCAGUUUUGACCACCCGACCGUUAUUUUUUCUCCAAUUGACGUAGAAAUACGCCGAAAGCGGCCGGAAGAUCGACCUAACAAUGGCAUGAUGCACUUCGCACGUCCUUUGGGGCAUUAUGGUGUGCGUGAUGCGGCAAACCCGCUUCGUACGUCUGCGGCCUCAAGAUCGAUGCCGGCUUCUGAGCCUGUUCGCUAGCAAAAUUUCAUUUUUUACCGAGGAAAUCCAAAACACCCGAAGCCUGGGUACUACGGAGUACAAUGUUGCUCCUUUUUUCUUGUGGGGAAGCAAAAAGCCUGUUUCGGACCGCAAAUGGCGCGCGAUUGUUCUCAUGUGCCAAUCUCCGACAUCUUUGCUACGCGCAGCUACAGAUAAGGAGACAUUCAGCUACUUGAUCCUGAACGCACACCGCGGAAGCUUCGGAUGCUAGCAAAAUGCAGGAACGGUGGCUCUGUCAAUGAGCAUUCUUCGCGCCAUUACUUUGGAAAACUACGUGGCCAGAGUUACCUGGGAUCAUGCGUAUCAUGUGGUUGACGUCAGUCAAUGCGAGGCGUAUUUCGAACUUCUCGCUUCUUCUGCGACAAAUAGCCGGGCUAUACCACUUGUG